AUGGAGUUCAUAUCAGCUUUAGCAGCUGGGAAGCAAGCCAAGUUAAUGGUAGAAAUAACCACACAAGGGAUAACUCCAUUGACGAUUUCUUUAGCAGUAGCAGCAAAGCAAACAGGAGGAAAACUCAUCUGCAUUCUUCCUCAUCAUCAUCAACAACAAAAUUUCAUCAACAAAUGCAGAAACCAUGAUCUUCAUCUUCCAGAUCUUCAAGAUCUGGAAGAUGUGAUUGAAUUUGUUCCAGGAAACCCUUUCCAGGUAGCCAUGCAAUACAAGAAAAUAGAUUUUCUUGCUGUUGAUGGGAAAUUGGAGGGUCAUUUGAAGUUGCUUGAGAUGGUUGAUCUUAACCCUAGUGGGUGUCUUAUAGUAGGGCAUAAUUUGCAGUAUAGAGAAUAUGAAGUUUCUUUUGGUCAGGUUUUGAAUAGGAAGAAAGGAAUUGAUUGUGUUAGUUUGCCUAUUGGAGAAGGAAUGGAGUUGACUAGAAUUGAAUCUUUCACCAAGAGAAAGUGUAGGAGAUUUAAGAGAUUUCAUGUAAUUUUUGAGAAUUGA